GGGUGUGUAGUGAGCACUAGGUGGCACCACAGUUCAACAAUUCAACACCCCUUCUGCCAUCAGUUAGUGUCUGAAAGGCAAGAAGGUCCACCUGUAUGGAGACUCCACCAUCAGGCAGUGGUUUCAGUACUUCAGAGCAGCACUGCCAGAUCUUAAGGAGUUUAACCUGCGCGGCCCGACACAAGUUGGACCUUUCAUGGCCUUGGACUAUGCAAACAAUCUUGGUGACAUAUCGCUGCCACGGUCCUCCUCUCAGUUAUACCAUUGUUCCAACCGCCGAGCUGCGUUACGUUGCCAAUGAACUAGAUGGCUUAACCGGAGGCACCGACACUGUCGUAGCUCUCAGCAUCUGGGCUCAUUUCACCCCUUUCCCCAUGGAGGUCUACAUCCGGCGGCUGCAGAGCAUCCGCAGGGCAGUGGUGCGGCUACUGGACAGGGCUCCAGGCACACUGGUCGUCAUCUGGACCGGGAACCCCAGAGCUUUGACUUGUACUUUGGCGCUAGGCUGCAGCGACUAGUAUGCGGUGAACGGUGACAAGGUGCUCAGAGCUCAGUCCAAGCCUCCCGAUGCGAGCCACGCCCCUAACCUCUAACCCUAACCCUUGCAAGCUGACCCAAGUUUGGUGGUAAUCGGACUGAUACAUGCGGCGAUAUGAAAUUAAUGUAAGUGAAUUUCAACAAACGUCUUUAAACUGCAAUUACAGGGCCACCUAGGGGCAUAUUAGGGUCAACUUUGGGCCUCCAGUCAUGAGACUAUCCUGAACAACGUUGUUGUACAGGCCCCAGGUGAAACGCAAAACCUGACAAGCAUCCUAGCACACCACACCUGCAAGCUGGGAGUCACAGCAUUCAAACAUAAUAGUGGUUACAAGAAGAGACAGGAGAGAAAAGAACAGGAGGAGAGAGCCGCAAAGCUCCCAAAUUACAUUCUUUUGGAUUUUAUUACUCAAGACAUUGUCGAAGGUUUUGCUCAAAUAGGUAAGUAGCCUACAAGUGCUUUUCAAGGGUGUUUUUGGUGUAUGCCAAAUGAAAUAUCAAUUCUGGGUCAGGUUGUCGCUGAGCACUUGUUGAUUGAAGUCUGAUAACCUUCUCUUGACUUCUGUACUUUGUAAUUACUAUAGUCUAGAUAACACAUACUGACUGUAAAAUCCAACACAUGUACUUCAGACUGCUGCGGCCAGGCACACAGCAGCUGCAGCAGCAGCAGCAGCGGAUGUGUGUAUGUGUCAUUGCUGUAGGUUGCUAUUGCUCUGUCAUGUGUAGUUUGUAGCUUAAUGCUCUAUCUUCUGUAUUGUUUGUUCCGCCCUGGAUAUCUGCCUGUACCCU